ACGAGAGCACUGUCCCCCAUCAUUUAGUCCGAUCACAAUCCCACAUCCGAAAAUUCUCUCCAGGAUUUGUAUCACAUCCCACAUGAUUCGUCUCUGCGGAAUCAACCAACCCGCAUCACACCUCUUGGAGUCCCUGUUCUGGGGGAUAGGAUUUACUAUUUAUUAGAUAUUGCGAUCCGACACGCCACGCCUAUUUCAUAUUUACUUGUAUGAUUUGGAUUUCUUGUUGAUUCUUACCUAGUAAUUUUCCUACCACGACCACAUCUUCUCUCUAUCUUCUCUGCUACCACCACACAGACCUAACAUUUCGCCGUUCACCCGUACACCAUGGACCCCUCCAAGGUCACUGUCCCAGCUUUGAAGGAUUUGACAAUUGAUAACAUCACCGAAAAUGUCAUUGCUAUCAACUCUCAAAACCCAGAUGCCCGCUUUAAAUACAUCCUAGAACGACUAGUGGUACAUUUACAUGACUUUGCACGGGAAACGCGACUGAGCACUCAAGAAUGGAUGGCUGGUAUUCAAUUCCUCACUUCGACGGGGCAGAUAUGCUCCGAUGUGCGACAGGAAUUCAUUCUACUCUCAGAUAUCCUGGGUCUAUCGCUCCUGGUUGACAGUAUCGACCACCCAAAGCCGGCCAACAGCACCGAAGGAACGGUUCUGGGACCGUUCCACACGCACGAAGCAGAGCACAUGUCACACGGCGAUUUGAUGUCACAAGACGCCAACGGCGAGCCACUGCUGGUGCUGUGCACGGUCAAGGACGUCGACGGCAAGCCCGUGUCUGGAGUCAAGGUCGACAUCUGGGAGACGGACUCAUCUGGCCAUUACGAUGUACAGCACGCGGACCGCACAGGACCAGACGGUCGCUGUGUCAUGAAGACCGACGAUGAGGGUAUCUUCUGGUUCAAGGCGAUUGUCCCAGUCCCAUAUCCAAUCCCUCACGAUGGACCCGUUGGAAAACUGUUGAUCCAUCUCCAGCGGCAUCCCAUGCGUCCAGCUCAUAUGCAUUUCAUGUUUGAGAAGGAAGGGUUUGACCAUUUGAUCACAGCUCUAUAUCUCAAGAAUGAUCCAUAUGAGUCCUCUGAUGCUGUCUUUGGUGUCAAGAACAGCCUGAUUGUCGAGCUGGGUAAGGUGGACAAGGCCACCGCUGACAAAUAUGGCGUGAAAGAAGGCAGCGCCCUCAUGACAUAUGACUUUGUCCUCGUCACCGAAAAGAACAGUUUCGAUCUCCGCUCCGAGAACAGUGCAAAGGCACUCGAGAAGCUUGGCCGUAGAGUCAAGAUCGUCAACGGUCUUCCUGUACCGGAACUUGAUUAGAGGGGAAAUAUGAAGGAGGGUGACGGCACCACAACUCUUGUACAGCUGUAUAUGCCGUGAGUAACGUUGUUAUAUUGCCAACCAUAAUGCACAAAUUUGUAUGGACAUGACAAGAUAUUAACCGGUUAUGAAGUUGUCUUGGUCGUGUUCAAAAACACCAACAUCUCCCCCGGCGGCUUGUCGUCUCCACGUGGUCACAGCCUCUCCA